UAAUUAUUGAAACCAUAUGCAACUGGUAACGCUAAUAUUAAAUUAUUGAUCAUAUCCGCAUAAAGUUGACGAAAUUGUUUAAGCGUAAUAAUAAUGGUUCAAAUAUAUUUAAAUAAAGAGAAACUCUGCGAAAGUACAUCAGAAAAUGUAAAAGAAUUGGUUCAGACAGUUGCCAAGCAAAUCAACAAUUCAGAUUUUUAUUUAGAACAAAAUGGGAAGCGAUUAAAAGAUCAUGUGGGAUAUGAAUUACCGGUGUAUUGUCGUCCUCGCCUCGUUGGAGGCAAAGGCGGGUUUGGUUCUAUGCUGCGAGCAAUAGGUGCGCAAAUAGAAAAAACCACAAACCGUGAAGCUUGUCGAGAUCUAAGUGGUCGUCGUUUACGAGACAUAAAUGAAGAAAAGCGGCUUAAAACAUGGCUGGAAAAACAAAGUGAGCGAGAACGUGAAGCUGAAGAGAAGAAAAAGCGUAAAAUUCAAAAAUUACUCGCUGUACCUAAACAUGAGUUUAAAGACGAAGAGUACGAAGAAGCUCGGUCGAAAUUAACAGAAAAAGUGAACGACGCUGUCGAAGAGGGUUUUAAAAGAUCUCUGGCAAGUGGCCAAGAUCUAAAACGUAAAAAUGAGACGAUAGCUAGGAAUGACGUCGUAACAAAGAAGAAGAGAUCUGCUCUAUGGAUGGACGAAGAGUUUUCGAGCGGAUCAGAUGCAAGCGAUGUCGACUCAGCUAGCGAUGCUAACCCGCCCAAAUUGGAGGAUGGUACACCUUGCUCUUCAAAGGAUUGUACUCUUAGCAAAUUGGCAAAUUGUAAAAAUGAAAAAUUACCAUCACCUUCCGUUGGCAUAUGAACAUUUAAUGCCAUUU